AUGGUUUCGAAAUCUCAAAGUAAGGAGGCUCAAGUUGCAAAAGGUCAAGACAAGGACAUUACAGUUUCAAAGGCACAAAUGGUUGAAUCCAAAUAUGUUCCAAGCAAUCCCGCAAAGAAGAUGAGAUUUACUUCAUCCUUCGAGAAAGACCCAAGCUCUGCGACAUUGGAUGAAGUGACAAAAUCGACUCACGGUAUCAACACAAUGAGCCGUGUUGUGAAGAGGAAAAUCUAA